AUGUCUGUCUCGAGCAUCUUUGCGACCUUCCUCACGGGCUACGCUGCCCUCACCAUCUUCUUCUACGCCCUCUCCAUGGUCGUCCCCAAGGCCGGCUUCGUCGCCCGCGGCCUGGCCUCGUACAUCUCGCUCAUCUUCGCCGCCCUCUACGGCGUCUUCGUCUCCAUCUUCCUCACCCUCAUCGGCAAGCAGGGGAUCGCCCAAUGGGCCGCCGGCCGAUGCUUCCUCUACGCCAUGCUCUUGACCACCGGCGUCGAGUUUGUCAUUGAGGACCCCAACAACAUCCUCGGCACCACGCGCCCCGCCGUCUUUAUCGGAAACCACCAGACCGAGCUCGAUGUCCUCAUGCUGGGCACCAUGUUCCCCAAGUACUGCAGCGUCACGGCAAAGGCCUCGCUCAAGAAGACACCCUUCCUCGGCUGGUUCAUGGCUCUGAGCGGCUCCAUCUUUAUCGACCGCAAGAACACAAAGGAUGCCCGCGAGGCCAUGAAGGGCGCCGCCAACGAGAUCCAGUCCAAGCGCCAGAGCGUCUACAUGUUCCCCGAGGGCACCCGCAGCUAUGCCAAGGAGCCCAUGCUGCUCCCCUUCAAGAAGGGCGCUUUCCACCUGGCUGUCCAGGCUGGUGUCCCCGUUGUCCCCUGCGUUGUCGCAAACUACAGCCAUAUCCUCUUCAUCAAGAGUUUUGUCUUUAAGUCUGGCAAGAUUCCCGUCAAGGUCUUGGAACCCAUUCCUACCAAGGGCUUGGAGGCCGCCGACGUUGAUGAGCUCACCCGCACAACGCGCGAGCUCAUGCUCAACGAGCUUGUCUCUCUAACUGCCAAGGCCCGAGGCCAGCCCAUCGCCGUGCCCGCCUCAAACGGAAACUCAACCGGCAAGAGCUCCGGCGUCGAUACCAACGGCGCCGCCCACUAA